AAAUAGAUAAAAAAGCUUUAAAAAUAUCUUUCAAUAAUGUUUAUUAUACAUUCCCUCUUUUACAUUUAUAACAGUGAGUAUUGAACAUUUUAUGUUAUCAUGCUUACUUUGUACAAAGAAACAUUCAACGGGUGGAAUCAAUAUUUAAUCCAUAUUAUAUAAUCAGUAUUUAAUUUAGUAUUAUUUCAGAUGUACUAUGUUAUAUUUUGUGACGAUUGGUGUUCGACAGUACCAAAACUUUGGGUGGAUUUAAAAAAUAAGACUUUUUAUUGGCCACCUAAAGAAAUUAAUACUACAGGAGCCAUAAUAAAAAAUAUCGGUCCCAGUGAUAACUGGAAUAUGGAGGUUUACCGGCGCAUUAUAGGACCAUAUAAAACUUAUGAAAUAGCUCGUAAAAUUGAAAAAGAAGCAGCAGACAUUUCAACGUCGGAAGAAGGGAGAUUCGAAAAUCUUAGUCACUCAUCAAUACAAGAUCUAAAAAAAAGAUUAAUAAAAAAACCACGGUUUCAUGAUGAGCUUGAUGAUGGCUAUAAUAAUAGUCAUCUAACAAAAAAACCUCAUCGGUCUUAUGUUCGAGCAUCCAGCAAUAUUAGUACUAUUAAUAAUAACGCAGAAUUGGACAGUCAUUUAUCAAAAGAAUCUCACCGUCCGUCAAUGCCUGCUGCAUCUUAUGUUCGAGCAUCCAGCAAUAUUGGUACUAUUAAUAAUAACGCAGAAUUGGACAGUAUGUAUACUUUCAGUUUAUUUCUUCAUCUAGUUCUCUUUACGUGUCCUUAUUUUAAUAUUUCAGCCAUUCAUAUUCAGCGAUACUAGACAUAAAAU